CUGCGCAGCAGAAGCGCCACACUCACUAUGGCUUUAGCCGCAAGCAGGACGCUCUUGGCGCUAUUCGUGACGUUUUGCGCACCAGGAUGCGGAUGGACAGCAGAGAAGCCCCUGCGGUCACAGAAUGGGAAACAGACAUCUGUGGAUAGGGGCCUGAGGGAGAGCUGGGAGCCUUCUAUUCAUCUGGAUGGAAGACCUGUGGACCGCUUCGUCAUCAGCUCCAACAAACCCACGAGGUCUCACCGCUUCACGAAAGUGGGCAAGGACAGUCGCUCUCAUCUACUGGAGGAUGUAGACCCUGAAUGGGUUAACCUGGAUGGCUUUGCUGUGUUGGGCGGUGCACCUGUCAGCAACUCAUCAACAGGUCCAGCCAGGUCUCCACAAACUGCUGUCAGAAAGCAGCCCUCUGUGCGGCGGGCCACCAGGGUGGACAGAACAGCUCAGUCAUUGGGCGUGUCUAAUACCAGGACACACAGGAGGGCCCCUCAGUCCUCCUCAGGGCCCAGGCAGCCUGAGAGAGCUGUGGCAGGAGCUCCCCCGCUGGAAAGGCGACGCCAACACCACACCAAGCCUCAAUCUGACCAGAGAAACCGAAACACAGCCAAACUAACAUCUGAGUCCGUUCAUGUGGUGUCACUGCAGGCACAGAAAGCCCAGGGCCAGAGCGCACCCGCCAACAGAGGAGUCGCUACCAAAACAACCACACCAGAGCCACCGGAGUACGAGGCCCGGGACAUCAGCGUCAGGGUCAUGUCUCCCCAGUCGGUCCUCAUCUCCUGGGUUGACCCUGCUGUUGAGAUGGGGAAGGUCGACCCCGAGGUAGUCAGAUCCUACACAGUUAAAUACAGGGAGAAGGGAGAGUCAGCACGCUGGGAGUACAAGGACAGCACCCAGAGGAGGAUGAUGAUAGACACCCUGUCUGCUGACGGCAUGUAUGAGUUCUCUGUCAGAAUCUCUCAGGGAGAAAAUCAUGGGAAGUGGAGCGUCUCCGUCUUUCAGAGGACCCCUGAGUCAGCACCAUCUGGGCCACCCGAGAACUUUGAGGUCAAGCCACUACGAGGGAAGGGAACUGCUGUCAUAGCAACAUGGGAUCCACCUGAAGAACCCAAUGGAAGGAUAAGAGAGUACAUCCUGUCUUAUGCUCCUGCUAUGAAGCCAUUUGGAAUGAAAAGUGUGACGCACCGGGGCAGCAGCACCACAGCCACCGUAGAUGGCCUCACACCGGGAGACCGGUACAUCUUCAAGAUUAGAGCCACCAACAGGAGGGGUCAGGGACCACAGAGCAAGGUCCUCAGUGUUGUCAUGCCAGGAUCCAGCAGCGCUGCCUCAUCGUUCUCAAAAACCAAAGACAGGGGCAGGACUAGCCACACUCCUUCCAAACAGGAUACCGACCAUGAAGAAUCUGACAUCCAGCCAGAAGAGGUGACAGAGGAACCAACCACACCGCCUCUGACACGCCCUGCUACACCUGUCAACAGGCGUGUACGCCCACUUUCCCAGUCACGCUCCUAUCACGGCAUCUUGACCUCUGUGAGGGGCUCAGGCAGGAACACAGUGAACAGAGGGUCUUCCAGAGGAAGAGCUCAAGAUAGAGAAGAGGAGGAAGAAGAAGAAGAGACAAUACCCACAACGCCACCUCCAGAAGAAGAGACGACGACCAUGGAGGUUGUACCAGAGACAAAAGAACCAGACAACGAUGUUUCCCCUGAAUUUGAAGAUGAAUUGGGGUAUGAUGAAAAGCCUCUGACUACUGAGACACCCAGCCUCAAAGUUUUGACGCCCUCCCCCACUAAACCUCAUCCCAAGCCCCCGCCCAGAAGGCCCAUUAAGAUCAGGGUUCAUCAAAAACCAGGAUCCAAGGCUGCUUCCUCAUCUUCAUCUUCUUCUUCUUCAUCCUCCUCAUCUUCUGCCACCUCCUCCGCUUCCUCCUCUUCGUCUGAUUCCUCCUCAUCUUCUACUUCUUCUUCAUCCUCACCUUCUAAAACCUCAUUAUCCUCCUCCUCACGUAUCCAAGAGUCGGCAGCCAGUAGAAAGGACUAUGUGGCUUCCACAUACCCAGAGAGCAAAGACACCUACAAUAAGCCCAGCGUAACACAUACAAAGCCCUCCUCUCCAGUUGUAAAAGAGACCACUUCACAGCAGAAAGAAGCUACAGCUGUUGGUAGAGGUUCAGCUUCAGCUGGGCGCACCAAUGGGUCGGGGUUGGGCUCUAGAUAUGGUUACAGUCGAAGAAAUCCUGGAUAUUUGUUUAGAGGGAAUUCAACUCGACUGCUGAAUGGUUACAAACCGGCCGUCACCUCACAAUCGAAUUCACCAAGCAGAACUCCAAACGCACGUAGUUCAGCAACAUCACAGUCCACUUUACCAGACAGGACAUCACCUGAGCGAGACACAACACACAGGGAGGGAAAUGAUGACAGUAAUGACAAAAACACAGAUGCAGAUGUAGUUGAAGAGCCAACUUCAAGCUCUAAACCACAACCCACAGAGGAGGUGAGAGGGGAGGAAGAGGGAAGGGAGGAGAGCAGUAAUGAAAAACCUGUGGUUCCUCGUACCAGAAUUAGCCCCUCAUUUGCUGAAAGGUUCCCUUGGCUAGCUACCCGUUACCCAGGCAGGUUUGGCUCAGGGACGAGAGCUACAUCUUCCAGGCAGGACGGUAGGACCCCCGUGACCAGGACGUCACCCUCCAUGGGGGCCAGCAGACCCGUCUCUAGGGGGACACCCACUAGAGUUUCAGGGGCCACAGGUGCUGCAGGAGUAUCCAAGAUACAGGAGACUAGUGAAGAUCUGAGGACUCAUGACUCACUGAAGAACGGGGUGGGGGUGGGUUCAGUUAAACCUUCUUCGACCAAUCAAAACACAGCAUCUAGUGACGCUAGAAACCCAACUACCUCAUCCUCUUCAUCAUCUUCCUCUUCUUCAAACUCUGAUUCCCAUCGUUCCUCAGGUGGAGACUCAAGUAAGCCCGUCCAUAGAGGAACGUCUAAUGGCAAUAACAACGAUCAUAAUGACGAUUAUCUCAAUGAAAGGAGUAGAGAAAUCAGUGGAAAAAAUGAUGAAGUUGCGGACCCUGCAGCGGCCCAGAAGAAUCCGACUAUAACUUCUGCUGAGCCUCACAGAAACGUAGAGGACAAUGAUAGUGUGGAUACAAGGGAAACUUCUUCCAGGACCAGACCUGGCUCACCGUCUGGAGGCUCUCCACCUUAUCGUCGUCCUGGUAUGGGAGUGAAUGGGAGGGUACGCUCUCCUCUGCUUGCUAACAGGCAGAUUGGUGGAUCUAGGCUUCCCAUCAGACCACAGCCAGCACAGAACUCAAGGCUGGGUUCUUCAACGUCUGAUUCCUCAUCAUCAUCGGACUCCUCUUCUUCUUCAAAUGUGCCCCAACCAGUUCUGACCUCAGAUCGUGAUGUUGGCAGUGGCACUACUGUGACAAAGACAGGGGGAUUAAUUGGAGGCAACUCCCAGUCUACAUCGUCGUCGUCAUCAUCUAGAGACAGCUUUAGGGGCCAGGGGGGUCGGUCUCGCUAUCCCAUCGUUAGAGGCAAGCCAACCAAUGGAGGACAACCCAAGCCAGCCAAUGGAAAUGUAGGUAAAAAUGGACGACCAAACCUGACAGCAACAAGUGAUAAAGAAUCCCCUUCCUCUCAUGGAACAAGCAAGGCCGUUGGUCAAAGGUUUAUCACUGGACCUGAUGGAACCAAAUGGGUCGUAGACUUAGAGAAGGGGGUUCUUAUGAACCAGGAGGGACAAGUUCUCCAGGACUCCCAGGGCAAACCAAAGAGAGUGGUGCUUGGAGAGGACGGACGCACGAUUUUUGACCACAUGGGCAGUCCACUGGUAAACGAGGACGGUAUGGCUCUGUUUGGCCAUGGCCGAGAUAGCCGGCCUGUGGUCAACCCCAAAGACAAGAUCCUCAUGGUUGGAGGGAAACCUCUACUUGGCUUGGACCUUCCUCACCUCAGGACCACCACCACCACCACUAGGGCUCCGACCACCACCACCACCAUCACCACCACCACACCUGAACCCACCACCACUGACUGGAUCAUAGAGGAGUCUACCUCUGCACCACCGUUCCCAACCUGUCCACCUGGAACCUUCUCCAAAACAGAUGAAUACGGGUAUCCACUGCUGGAUGCAGAAGGGAUAUUGGACUGUUAUCCAGAAGAGGAAUCCUCAGGAAUGGAAAUGGACCACAUGGUUACAGUGACCAUGGCUGAUGCUUUAGCUCUUAAGAAAGAUGAUCUUUUUGUCCAGACCACCCUGCCACCCACAACCACCACCACCACCACAGAGAUCCCGACUCCGGAGCCAGACACCAGACCAUCCAACCACGGCCCGUCAUCUGAGUUUGACCUCAGUGGGAAGAAGCGAUUCACAGCUCCCUAUGUGAACUACAUCCGGAAGGACCCGGCUUCUCCGUGCUCCCUGACGGAGGCUCUGGAGUAUCUUCAGGUCGACGUCCUAGCAGACCUGAUAGAGAAGGACAGCCUGGUAGCCAAUCAGAAUCAGCCUCCCAAAAACAAGCCUCGCAACUUCACGGUGGUCGCCAUGGAGGGCUGCCACUCAUUCAUCAUUCUGGACUGGGGCCGCCCACUGAAGGAUGACAUGGUCUCAGGCUACAUGGUCCACAGUGCUUCAUAUGACGAUGUCCUCAACAAUAGAUGGUCCACUAGACCCUCCAGUGGGACACACCUGCCUGUGGAGAAUCUCAAACCUAACUCCAGGUACUACUUUAAAGUGCAGGCCAAGAAUGUGUUUGGUUUGGGACCCGUCAGCGAUACACUCACCUAUGUCACCGAAUCAGACGAUCCUCUUCUCAUCGAAAGACCACCUGGUGGAGAGCCAAUCUGGAUCCCCUUUACCUUCAAGUAUAACUCGGCCCACAGCAGCUGUAAGGGCAGCCAGUAUGUCAAGCGGACAUGGUACAGGAAGUUUGUGGGCGUGGUUUUGUGUAACUCUCUGCGAUACAAGAUCUUCAUGGGAGACGGUCUUAGAGAGCCCUUUUACAGUAUAGGAGAUACCUUUGGCCAGGGAGAGGACCAUUGCCAGUUUGUGGACUCCUACAGGGACGGAAGGACCGGUCCGUUCUACCUCUCAAAUAAUCUGCCCUCAGCACAAGGAUUUUAUCGCGCCUACAGACAGGAGCCCGUUGCAUUUGGAGUCAUUGGCCGACGCACAGCCCAUCCAUUCGUGGGCUGGUAUGAAUGCGGGGUGCCCAUCCCCGGGAAGUGGUAACACAGGAGGAGUAGGAGACAUUGUUACCGAGGGCAACCCUUCUGCAUCCUGCUGCAGGCUCUUACAUUCACUGGUCUCGCCCUUAAAAACAGACUUUUGCCUGCCCAAAUGAAAUGACACCACUACGAAUUUAUUACAGCUUCACAGAAAGAGAAUAUAAUACUUUUUAAACAACUCAAUGUAUAUCAUUACAAUGCACUUUUUUAUAUAAAGCAGUUUGUAUAUGAGGGGAAAAAGAAGCAUGUGUGCUCUUGCUUAGUGUAACUCAUGUCCUAAAGUGUCCUUGUACUAUUCCCAACUAUCCCAGAGACAGGUCCUCACCCAGUGUUAUUUAUCUCAUCAAUAAUGCACACGCACGGUCAAACCAGUGACAUUGGACCAAAGCACAAGCUGCAAAGCAAACUGUAAGAAUGGGCACUUAAGGUGUGUAUAGGUCUGUUCAUUUUCAAUCGUGAGAUUUGUAUUUCAUAAUGUAACAGCUUCUGACAGCUACUUUUUGUUUGUUUAUUCGUGUUCUUAAAACAUCUUACUGUUUUUUUUACACCCUUUUGGUAUUCAUCAGAAUUCAUUAAAAGUUACUGUGUAAGUUUUUUAUGUAUACGGACAAAGAAUAAAAGACCAAAUAUUUGCUCAGGAAUUGUGAGAGAUUGAAUAAAGGUGUUAUGGAAACCACAGCAAUCCAAAAACAUGAAUCAUA